AUGGAGGAGCAGGACCCAGAAGCACUUGGACCUGGCAAGAGAGCAAAGAAAGGACCCCAUCCUGACCAAGCUGUGAGUGGCAUUGAAUCCUGGGAAAGAGCUGUGCCAGAGAUCUGGGAUCAGGAGGCCCUGAACUCAGAACUACAUUGCCGACGCUUCCGGCAGUUCUGCUACUGUGAGGCCGAUGGGCCCCGGGAGGUUUGCAGCCAGCUGCAUUUAUUUUGCAACCACUGGCUGAAGCCAGAGACACACACCAAGAAGCAGAUCCUGGACCUGGUGAUCCUGGAGCAGUUCCUGACCAUCCUGCCCCACGAAAUGCAUCGCUGGGUCAGAGGAUGCGGGCCGGAGACCAGUUCCCAGGCGGUGGCCCUGGCCGAAGGUUUCCUCCUGAGUCAGGCAGAGGAGAACAAGCUGGCAGAACAGAGUUGGGGUCCAUCCGUGAAGAUGGAAGCAAAGUUCUGUGAGAUGGAAAGAGCUCCUUUGGAGGAAGGGCAGCCGGCCCGAGCCCAAGAGUGCGCCCAAGGUGUCCUCUCCUGCGGUAGCGAAGAGACAGUGUUCAGCCAUUCUCUUUGCAGAGGUGUGGAAACUGCUGCUGUACCUCCAGUCCAGUCUCCAGUUUCCUUUGAGGAAGUUUCCGUGCAUUUCACUGAGGCAGAGUGGGCCCUGCUGGAUCCAGAACAAAGAGAUCUCUACAAGGAAGUCAUGCUGGAGAACUACGGGAGCGUGGCCUCUCUGGCAGGGGAUGAUCAAUGGGAUGAGGGUGAUAAGGAAGCGCAUCAGCUAUUGCCAGAUAAAGUGAAGAAUAAAGAUUUGAAAGGAAACUUCAGGAAUCAAGGCGGACCUAAGAGGCGGAAAGGAAGUCACACAGCCAAGAAGAGGGACAAACCCAUUCCUGGCCAAAGACGGAAUUUCCAUGAACUAAUCCACAUGGUGGAGGAAGCAUAUAAGUGCUUGGAGUGUGGAAUGAACCUCUCAGAUCAAGCCCAGUACGAUAUCCAUUUGCAAAUGCACAACGGAAAGAAGACGCAUCAAUGCUUGAAGUGUGGGAGGAGCUUCCUAUGCAGAACAGAGCUACUUAGACAUCAAAGAACACAUAAAGAAGAGAAACUGCAUAGCUGUUCAGAUUGUGGCAAGAUCUUCUCACAGAAAUCAGACCUUUGUCAACACCGAAGGAUUCCUUCAGGAGAGAAGCAUAUUAUCUGCAUGGAGAGUGGAAGGAUAUACUCUUGUGGAACAAAGUGUAGUGCACUUUUCCCAAAGGGUACUGUAAUGAGGACACACAAAUGCUUUCAGUGUGGAAAGUACUACAAUUACAGAUCACACCUUCUUGUGCACCAAAGGGUACACACAGGAGAGAAACCUUUUGAAUGCUCAGAGUGUGGAAAGAGAUUCAGUCACAGUGGCAGUCUUCAAAGGCAUCAAAGAACCCACACAGGGGAGAAACCUUUUGAAUGCUCAGAGUGUGGAAAGAGAUUCAGUCAGAGUGGCAGUCUUCAAGAGCAUCAGAGAACCCACACAGGGGAGAAAACCUUUGAAUGCUCAGAGUGUGGAAAGAGAUUCAGUCGCAGUGACUAUCUUCAAAGUCAUCAAAGAACCCACACAGGGGAGAAACCUUUUGAAUGCUCAGAGUGUGGAAAGAGAUUCAGUCGGAGUGGCACUCUUCAACUGCAUCAAAGAACCCACAAAGGAGAGAAACCUUUUGAAUGCUCAGAGUGUGGAAAGAGAUUCAGUCAGAGAGGCACUCUUGAACAGCAUCAAAGAACCCACACAGGGGAGAAACCUUUUGAAUGCUCAGAGUGUGGAAAGAGAUUCAGUCGCAGUGGCACUCUUCAACUGCAUCAAAGAACCCACACAGGGGAGAAACCUUUUGAAUGCUCAGACUGUGGAAAGAGAUUCAGUCACAGUCGCAGUCUUCAAGAGCAUCAAAGAACCCACACAGGGGAGAAAACGUUUGAAUGCUCAGAGUGUGGAAAGAGAUUCAGUCGGAUUGGCCUUCUUCAAAGUCAUCAAAGAACCCACACAGGGGAGAAACCUUUUGGAUGCUUAGAGUGUGGAAAGAGAUUCAGUCACAGUGGCACUCUUCAAAGGCAUCAAAGAACCCACACAGGGGAGAAACCUUUUGAAUGCUUCGAGUGUGGAAAGAGAUUCAGUCAGAGUGGCAGUCUUCAAAAGCAUCAAAGAACCCACACAGGGGAGAAACCUUUUGAAUGCUCAGAGUGUGGAAAGAGAUUCAGUCGCAGUGGCCAUCUUCAAAGGCAUGAAAGAACCCACACAGGGGAGAAACCUUUUGAAUGCUCAGAGUGUGGAAAGAGAUUCAGUCGGAGUGACUAUCUUCAAAGCCAUCCCCACACAGGGGAGAAACCUUUUGAAUGCUCAGAGUGUGGAAAGAGAUUCAGUCAGAGAGGCACUCUUCAACUGCAUCAAAGAACCCACACAGGGGAGAAACCUUUUGAAUGCUCAGAGUGUGGAAAGAGAUUCAGUCAGAGAGGCACUCUUGAACAGCAUCAAAGAACCCACACAGGGGAGAAACCUUUUGAAUGCUCAGAGUGUGGAAAGAGAUUCAGUCAGAGAGGCACUCUUCAACUGCAUCAAAGAACCCACACAGGGGAGAAACCUUUUGAAUGCUCAGAGUGUGGAAGGAGAUUCAGUGAAAAUGGCAGUCUUCAAAGGCAUCAACGAACCCACACAGGGGAGAAACCUUUCGAAUGCUCAGAGUGUGGAAAGACAUUCAGUCGCAGUGGCACUCUUCAACGGCAUCAAAGAACA